AUGAUAAAGUGGCAAGGACAUGAGAAAGUUGGUUUGAAAAAGCGAAGACAUGAAGCUGGCGAGCAAUGUGUCAAUACAGAGGUGCAAUGUUACAAAUGCAGAGGAUAUGGGCACUUCAAAAGGGAGUGUCCAAUUUUCAAGAGACUAAGAUUCAAAAGCUUUGAGGGUAAUGAAUUUGGUAAUGCUCAAAAGAAAUAUGAGAAUUUACUGAAGCAAAAAAAUAACAGUGACGUCAAGAAUGAAUCUGAUAUUGAUUCAGAUGAUGAUGAAGAGUUGAAGAACUUGGUGGCGUUUACAACUCUUGAGUCUGGUUCUAAGACAAAAUCUGCGGCGGGAUCUGCAUCAGCGUCUGUGACAGGGGCUUCAUGUGGAAGUGAUGAUGAUGGUGGAGAUUUUGAUCUUGAUGGGAAUUAUGGAAAGUUGUAUGAGAAUUGGCUCAAACAGGUUGAGGCAAAUUCAGAGUUGACUAAGGAGAAGGUCAAACUAGAAGCUCAAGUUGCUGAAGCACUUAAGUAUGCUUCAGAGAAAGAAGAAGAAGCACGACAGGUUAGUGCUCAACUUGCAGAGACUCAGAAGGGUUUGAGGAUGCUGAAUGGUGGGACGAAGCAGCUAGAUCAUCUUCUCAGUAUUGGGAAAAGUGAUCAAUGUGGCCUUGGAUAUCAAGGAGAAAGUUCUACAGCUGGAGGUAUUUUUGUAUCAGCAGGAAAAACUGGGGUUUUAGCUACGUCUGCUACAAGACCAGAGGUUAAGGUGUCUGCAAAGAAGAUAUCCAAUGGAAAGACUACUAUGAAGACUGUAACUAAUGUGAAGAACGCGACUGCUACACGUACUGCUACGGCAACUGCUACGGUGACUGCUCCAGCGAGAGUUUCUAGAUUGAAGAGUGCAACUCAACGAAAGUUUCGGCCUGUUUGUCAUCAUUGUGGUGUUGUUGGACACAUUAGGCCUAUGUGUUUCAAGUUGUUGAGGAAGAAGAAUCAGAUGGUGCAACCUUAUGGUAUGAGGAGUCAUGGUCCUAUAUGUUAUUCUUGUGGAGUUUAA